AUGUCACAAUUACGUUUCUUUUUGAGCACUGAAUUUAAUAUAUUAUUUGAUAAAGAAGGGAACUCGUUGGGGAGUUUACUUGAUGAAGAUAUUGGGUUUGUUAAUAUAAAAAAUAUGGAAAAUGUUUUGAAGGAACGGUUAAAAAAGCUAUCAAAUUAUAUAAUUAAGAAAGAAGGAAAACAAGGAAACUUAUUCUUAAAUUUGCUAUAUGAGACAGCAGUUUUGGACAUAAACACACAAUAUGGAAAGCCUUUGGCUGUUCUUGGCACUCCAGCUAAACAAUUCAAUCCCUCUGCCCAAACCUUUUUGCAGUCUGUGGCAAAUAAACACUAUAAUGGAGAUUACCAACAAGCACAUGAUUCCCUAUUGCAGAGCUAUUUGGAACAAAUUAAACAACAUUUUGGAGAUGAAAAUCCUUACUUUGCUUAUACUCGUUAUAAAGGAGAUAAUGCUGUGGAGUAUAUAAAGGCUGAAACCCUUGCCCAACUUCAAGUUGAAGGAAAAGCUUUUGGAAUUAGAAAUUUGGGAGAAGAAUUGAAGGAGAUUGGAGGAAUACCAAUUCAGACAUCUUUUGGAAGGAAUGAUGUAGGAAUUCCUUUUGAUUUGUUUUUCUGUGCUGGUGGUGCAAAUGAUCAAAUCCGCAAUCAAUUUUUGGAGCAAGCAAAACAAUUGACAGAAUCAAAAAAUUAUGGUGUUGUUAUCUUCAAUAAAAAGGAUCGCAGCAUUAAAGUCUUUGAAGAUUCUGCUGCUUUCUACCGUGAUCGUAUGUCUCUUAUGAGGAAACAUCUGAUAAAACAGAAUAUUGAUGAAUUGAUUUGGCAAGCUGAUUUUCUUUCUGAUCGGCUUAAAUCAAAGCUUGCCAACUUAACUAAAAUGAUUUUACAAGAUGAUUAUAUUGUUGUCCGUCUUUUUGAGUCGAAUCCAACGUUGCAUAUUGCUUCAAUAACACCUAGAGCACUUGUAAAAUUUAUUGAUGCAUUUAAUGAAGAGAGAAAAAGCCGUGCUAAUGAAUUGCAUCAAGAUGAAUAUAAUUUGUUUUUACAACUUAUUUCCAUGGAAGAUUUAGAGCGUUGGCAUGAAUUAACUGAAAUGAAAAACAAAAAUGAGCACAUAUUAAAACAAUAUGACGAUUUUCACGAAGAGUUACAAAAGAAAUGGGCCAAAGCUCUUUUUAGUUAUACAUUUUCUACUAGACAUCCAGAGAAACUCGGUCAAGUAGUUAUUGAGGGUGAUGAGUCUGUUGCAAGUACAAGUUAUAGAGGCAAAGAAAUAGUUCAUGAACCGGAACAAGUUCUUUACUUUGAUCCUCACAGUGCUAAUACAAGCACUUUUUGGGUUGCAAUUUACGGAAUUGAGAAUCCUGUAAAGCAAAUUAAUGGAACACAUGGUUCAGCAAUUAUUGCAGCUAUAGGUGAUGCAAAUACAAGUGCUCAUUUUAUGACCGCUAGUGGAGUCAGUACAGGCAAGUUUUUAUUCUGAGACAUUUUUAGAGUCAUUAAAGCAUUUGAAUACGUGUAAGCUUCUAAUAAUAAUUCCCAGAAAGUUACAAGUCGAUUCUGCCCGGCGAAAUUAUUUAUUCUUAUCUUAUUCUUAUCCAAACUUAAUUUACAUAAUUUAUAGAAAAAUUUAAGGUCGAUGGGGAGUUGAGA